AACUCUUUCAUGGGGAACUCGGUGGUGCAGAAGAAGCCUCAGUCCAAGCCAAAGAAGUCCCACCUGUCGGGACACAAAGGAGGCAGCAGCUCCAGAGAGCCGCAGCCCAAAAGACUGGAGGAAGUUUACAAUGCUCUCAAACAAGGCCUGGAUGAGUACCUUGAAGUUCAUCAAACAGAGCUGGACAAACUCAUGUCUCUGAUGAAGGACAUGAAGAGGAACUCUCGCUUGGGAGUGCUGUAUGAUCUUGACAAGCAAAUCAAAACCAUUGAGAGGUACAUGAGACGCCUGGAGUUUCACAUGAGUAAGGUGGACGAGCUGUACGAGGCCUUCUGCAUCCAGUGCCGUCUGAGGGAUGGAGCCAGCCGGAUGAAGCAGGCCUUCUCCUCGUCUCCCUCCACUAAAGGCACCAAGGACAGCAUCGCAGAGGUCAACCGCCGCUACAAGGAAUACACAGAGAACAUGAGCACGUUCGAGAGCGAACUGGAGAACCUGCUCGGAGAGUUUCAUAUCAGAAUGAAAGGUUUGGCAGGCUUUGCUCGGCUCUGUCCUGGAGAUCAGUAUGAGAUCUUCAUGCGGUACGGUCGCCAGCGGUGGAAGUUGAAGGGAAGAAUUGAAGGGAACUCCAGACAGAGCUGGGACGGAGACGAGAUGAUCUUCAUGCCUCUCAUCACUGACCUCAUCAACAUUAAGGUGACAGAGCUGAAGGGCCUGGCCACUCACAUGCUGGUGGGCAGCGUGAUCUGUGAGACCAAGGAGCUUUUCACUGCCAUGCCUCAGGUGGUCGCUGUGGACGUCAAUGACCUGGGGACCAUCAAACUCAACCUGGAGGUCACGUGGUACCCCUUCGAUGUCGAGGACCUGACUCUGUCCUCUGGUAACGUGAGCAAAGCCACAGCGCUGCAGAGACGAGUGUCCGUCUACAGCCAGGGCACACCGGAGACCCCCACCUUCCAGGAGAACUCCUUUUUCUGGCGGCCAUAUCCCGUGGAGCGCCAGCGCCUCUCCUUCCUGCACAUGCUCCGAGAAACCCUGCUAGAGAAGCUCAGGCGCAGUCGCUCGUUUGGUGACCUGGCCUCUCUCCGGCCAAGGCCCAAAUCCAGUCUGGAGGUCUAUUCCACUCUACCAGACGACAUGUUUGAGAACGGCGGCUGCGGCGUGGCAGAGUGUAAGCGCCUCUCCUUCACCUUCUCGGACACCUCCGGUUCCUCGCCCAGCCCGGCCCCGAGCUCCCACGGCCAGUCCAACCCUGAGAUCACAGUCACCCCCCCAGAAAUAGACCUAUCGUCGACGCAAAUCCUGCCUACAAGGGAAGACUCCAUUGCUGAGGAGCAUUUAGUGGAGGAAGAAGAAGAAGAGGAGGAAGAGUAUGAAGAGGAUGGGGAGACGGCUAGCAGAGGAAGUCGGCGCACCAGUGCCAGCCUCGCCAGUGAGGAAGCCGAGGUGGCAGAGGACUCGGAGUGGGAGCGCACCGAGUCGCAACGAAAUUCUGAUUCCAACUGCGGUUCAGCGUCGCUCUGCUCUGACGGACAGCUGUGCACGGUGGCUCCAGAGGACGUUUUCUUAGAUCACACCGAUGAGCUGAAACCUGUGGAACUGGACACAGAGGAGGCGGGCAGCCUGACCCGGCAGCUCGUAAGAAGGCUGACCUCUUCGGAAAUCAUGUCGCCAGGUGGGAGCUCGACGGAGGGAGGGGGGAGUCCGAGCUGGGCGGGCGAGGGGAGCAGAGCGUUCCUGGAGAGCAGCCUGGAGGAGGCCAUCCACAGCCUGCUGAUGAGGCUGGAGGCCCUGACGCACCGCUGCCGAGAGCUGCAGGACCUGGAGCAGGAGGUGAUGCGCCUGGAGGAUCUGCUCAAGUGCCGCCUCCCGGGUCACAGGAGCCGGUCGUCUAGCCUCAGUCUGACGGUGGAGAGCGCUCUGGAGAGUUUCGACUUCCUCAACACCUCCGACUUUGAUGACGAAGACACUGGAGACGAAAACACCAUCCUCAGCACCCCCCCACAGAGGUCUCCGCUCUUUGAUGCUGAUGGAGAAAGGAUCGGUGGCCAGCAUCCAGAGGCCAGAGGUCACCUGAGUGAAGCCCUGACAGAGGACACCGGGGUGGGCAACAGCGUGGCAGGAAGCCCCCUGCCGCUCACCACAGGAAAUGAGAACCUGGACGUGGCGAUCGUCAUCCACCUGCAGUACUGCAAUCACCUCAUUCAGCUGUUGAGCAGCGGGUUGGGUUUGUGGCAGCGUCGCAGUAUUCUACUAAAGCUGUCCGCCCAAAGUCAGCUGUUAGAAGAGCUGUCAGAGCUCAGUGGGGACCAACUGGGAUCCAUUACAUCUGCUGCUGACGUGCUCCCGGGCCUGGCAGAGCGGCCCCAGCUGAUGGCUCUGUGGUCAGAAUGCAGCGGGUCUGCAGGACUGUUCCACACCACGCUGGACCGAGUGUUCAAACACAUGAACCAGCUUUACACAGCAGUGCUGCAGGAGAGACACCCACACAGCGCCGACACAGUGAUUGGUCUGGUAGUGGGUGAGAUGGUGGACAGGAGCGAUCUGGUGUCGGCUCACUGUCCCCUCGCCGCUGAGCUCUCCCAGGACGUCCUGACCGUGUUUCAGUUCCACGGCUACAUCUUACAGCAUGAGCUGCAGGACAUGGAGACACACCUGCUGCAUUUGGCCAGAGAAGAGGUGUUUUCAGAGGCUCUAUGCAGCGAGGACUACUCUCAGUGUGUAGCGGAACUGGAGGCGGUGCCUGUGUCCUCGCUGUGGCCCCGAAACAGCUCCCUGAGGGCCCUCGCCUCCCUGCUCACUGCGGAGGACCCCCGUGUCAACAAGGCCGCAGCCGAAUACCUCUGCUCUGCAUCAAACAGCCACUUCAGGACCAGAGCAGUGGAGUGCUACACCCACGCGCUGUCAGAGGCUGGAGUUCAGAGCCAGAGGGCGGCCUGCUCGGCUCUCAGCUGUCUGCAGGCAGUAGAGAGCAUCAAGGCGGUGGUCGCUCUGUGUGACUCAGCUGAUGAGGAGCUACGCCAUGUCGCCAUAGAAACCCUGCUCACAUUUGGUGAGGAGGGGCGGCUGGCGUACGAGCAGCUGGACACGGUGCCGGGGGAAAUCAUCCGCCUUGGCACGCGGCGAGGAAACGCUGUCACCACUGCCUUCUGAGCCACCGUGCCACUGAAAAACAUCACAAAAGACAUCUCAGCCUGACCUCGGAGAACAGCCACACCUCACAGGGCUGCUCAGUGACUGAUCUCUUUCUCAAUCUGCUUUUUUGGCGCAGACUUAAGGAUCUCCACACCGCCACAUUAGAUCACUGUUCUUGAUACUGCCUCCUAUAAGGAACUAACACGACGGUCUUAACCACAGAGGACACACAACCUAAACGCCUCCUGAACGCACACUUACACUCCUCCAUUUUCUCCACUCUCACACACCCCUACACUCCCCCCUUUCCUCCCCCUGCUUUCUGAGCCAUGCAGACCGGUCACGCUGAAUUAAACUGGAGAGCACAAAUUUGAGUGGACACAAAGACGCUGAAAGCUACUUUAAAGACCGUGGAAAGUAGAUUUUUUUUGAAAAAUGCAUCUUCACACAAGCUCAGUCAACAAACCACUGCACAACACACUUACAUCACUUACUCACUGAUUUAUAAUCAUCUCGAUUGUUGCACAGUCAGUUGUUUCACGCAAUAUACUAACCAUGAUCUUUGUAUAAACACUGGCUAUCACAAGAGAUGCUUUCUGGCGCUUUGUGUGCACUGUUGUUAGGCAUGCAGAUAUGGCAUAUUUCACACAGCAGGUGGUAUGUAUGCACUUGUUUUCAAAGGAUAUUUUUGGUUCUGUUUUCUAGUACGUUCCAUUUUGUGUUUCAGGGAUUCUUGUACAAUUGGAAGAUGUGCGUUUUGUGGCAGGGAGGCAAUAAUACGUUGAGAAUGGCUUUCGAAGAAGAAGUGAUUUUCUGGUUUAAAAGCCCUACCUUAACAGCAGUUUACAGUCUAAAAGGAUUUUGACCGUGGGUUUAUUUCAGUGGAGGGAAAGUAGAAACUGAAUGGGGAAACUGGUGAACACAGUGCCCACGUUUCACUCACUCAGCAGUUUAUAUCAGAGAUUCCUCAUACUUGCAUUUGGACAAGUGCAAUUUUUCUGUACAUACGUGACUCUUUUGCACCUAGCUGACACAAGAAGACAUUUGAUAAAGUCAGCGCUGACCAUUUGAGCCUUGAUGUGUUCGGGCAGGCCGGUCUCCACAGAAACUCUUUUGUUAAUCUAAUUUCCUACCAGGCACAGAGCGACUCAAGGGCAAUGCAUUUACUGUACAUUCUUACAGUAUGGGAGGCAACGACAGGAUUAGAAAUGAAGCUUUUCUUCUGAUAAGCUGCAGAAUGAAGGGUUAUGUUUUCGGUCAGUUUUAUUUCCCUCCAUCCCAACUGUGAUGUGGGAAAACUGACCCGAGGUAAGCGCCUAACUCCACCUGUUCUCAUUGUAACUGUACUACUGAGUCUUGUGCUAGUGCACGAUGACAACUCACAUUUGUUCACAUAUCUUAUUUAUUAUUGACUUCUAAUAUUCUUUGGAGUUAUCCUGUAAAAGGGCAGAUAACAUUGUUAUGUAUAUGAAAUGUAUAUUUAUGUUCUAUUUUGAAUCAGGUCUAGUACUUGAAAUAUUGUUUAUCGUUUGAAAAAGCUUCCUUGUUAUUACGAUGCAAAUGAUCCCAUGCUUAACUUUAAUUGGAGUUUAUUUUGAAGGAAUUAUAUUACAUGAAUUAUUAUUUUGAAGAUUAAGAUUUGCUAAUAGUCUAAUAUUAUAGAUUUCCUUUCCCUAAAAGGUCCCAAACAUAAUGGGAAAUUAUAUAUUAGACAUUUUACUUUUUUAAUUACUUAAGAUUUACGUAACCAAAGGAAGAAUUGAUUUUUAAAUUAUAAUAAGAGCUCAUAAUUCAUAAAGGAGAAUGUAUUUUUCAACAUUUAAACAUUUGGCUACUAUACUCAGACUUACCUUUUUAAAAGCACAACUUCAAAAUAAGACGAACACAUAAUAUAUGAAUCUCGAUGUUUGGUUCUAACUGCACAGCCCAAAAGCCAUAUUGAAAAAAAGCAAGUGGUAGUAUUUUUAUGAAAUGUAUUUUUCUUUUGUAUUAUCUGCAAAUGUGUGAAGUUGUUACUAAAAGCUGAAGAUGUUUUUUUUCUAUACAGCCUUUUGCAAAACAGUGUCCAUAUUUUAAGAGUUACUUUUAUUUCUUCCAUGAUGUGAAUAGCAUUACAGUAUUUUAUCCAUUCACUCAUUCAAUGUUUGUUUAUUUUUGAGUGAGCUACUUUCUUUUACAAACUUGCAGUUUACUAGUGUUUACUUCAUGGCUGUUCAAUUCCUGUAUACCACACAGUGCAAGUUGUCAAAAUCUGCACGUCUAUUCUUAUUUAGCGCCUGGUUUGAAGAAUAACCUGGUCUACUUUACUGAACUCUUUAUCUGUUUCUGUGCUCAACAGCUUCCUUACUCAUCAAUUAAGUUGCAUAAUACCAUUCUCCAUUGUGGUUAGCAGUAUUUACUCUGCUCAUCAUACGUUGCAAUAAAGUUUAUUUUUGCAUAAUUAAAA